CGGGAGUUCCUGUCUGCGCAAGCCGGAGAAAGGUCGCGGAAUGUCUCGACGAGGGUUGGCCGGGAUGGGCCAGACGUACGUAACGAUAUGUCCUCUUCUGCACUCCUGACCAGAUUAUAAAUCGUCGCCUUUCGAGCGUCCAGUAUUUCGGUGCCGCUCACAACCACGCCUUCGUUGCCAGCCUGCAUGGACUGAACGAGAUAACACCGGGUCAAGAUCGAAUCAAGGGUGCCGAAACAUAUCGUCUGUCCUUAUUUGCCAACAUGUCUCAGAAGGAUAGUGAAGGCUCAAAACAAGACCUGAGUGGUCUGAUCAACAAACAUCUCCUGUACACCUACGACAAUGGAUGGAAGUACGAGAGCUGGAUCAAAAGCCCGACGAGGAUCGUGUAUAAAAUCCACGGAGGACCUAUGGGCGGUAGAGACAAUUAUCAGACCAUCUCGUGUCGCGUCGUCCGAGAGCCUUCGAAGGAGACUGGAGAGCAAGGUGUCUAUCUCAUCUCCUGGCUCGAAGAGACAGGCACAGUCGUUUCGAUGACCAUCGACUUUACCAACAACAAAGUCAACUCCUUCAUUUGCUUUUCCAAAGGUCACUGGGAGAACCCAGAAAUCGCACACGGACACUACAAGAAGGACCAAUGGCGCCAGCUGGCCAAGGUGCCAGACGGGGAAUCCAUAACCACAGCCCGCACCAUCAUCAGCGAGAGCGCAACUCUUUUAGAGGUGACAGAGGGACGAGGUGAACUCGAGGACAUCGCAGAGGAUGCGCCCACCUUGUGAUUUGCAGAGUCCUGAACUUAUUUGUCCGUCUUCGGAAGCAGCUUCCUGAGCCGGGACUUAAACUUAAUCACCAGCCACGCUUCUGAACAGGCUCGAGGCACGUCUUCGCUCCCUGAGAUGCGAUGUGAAUGAAACAUGAGUCAACGAAAGAAUACAACAGAGAGAAACCGUACCCUCUCCGCAGUGUGCGAAUAGAACGCGCGCAA